ACGGCGCCCCCACGCUGGCUUCCCAGUAUGCCACACCUCUUUCCACACCCAUCCUUCAAGCUCCUCCUUCAAACUCCACCUAAUUCCCGGCCUCCUUUGCGCUGCGCGCCUGCGCCAACUUGCAGCUAGCGGGUGGCAGACCUGUGAGCCGGAGGGGCGUGCGCGCGCGUCCUGGCCCCUGUUGCGCGCGCGGUGUCACCUUGGGCGCGAGCGGGGCCGCGCGCGCACGGGACCGGGAACCAAGGGUGCAUUGAGUGGUGAUGGCGGCGGCGGCGGCGAGUCCCGGGGCCGGCGGGAUGGACGGGAAGCCCCGUACCUCCCCUAAGUCCGUCAAGUUCCUGUUCGGGGGCCUGGCCGGGAUGGGAGCUACAGUUUUUGUGCAGCCUCUGGACCUGGUGAAGAACCGGAUGCAGCUGAGCGGGGAAGGGGCCAAGACUCGGGAGUACAAAACCAGCUUCCAUGCCCUCACCAGCAUCCUGAGAGCAGAAGGACUGAGGGGCAUUUACACUGGGCUGUCAGCUGGCUUGCUGCGCCAGGCCACCUAUACCACCACUCGCCUUGGCAUCUACACCGUGCUUUUUGAGCGUCUGACCGGGGCGGAUGGUACACCCCCUGGGUUUCUGCUGAAAGCUGUGAUUGGCAUGACCGCAGGUGCAACUGGUGCCUUUGUGGGAACACCAGCCGAGGUAGCUCUCAUCCGCAUGACUGCUGAUGGCCGGCUUCCACCUGACCAGCGCCGUGGCUACAAAAACGUGUUUAAUGCUCUGAUUCGAAUCACCCGGGAAGAGGGGGUCCUCACAUUGUGGAGGGGCUGCAUCCCUACCAUGGCCCGGGCUGUUGUGGUCAACGCUGCCCAGCUCGCGUCCUAUUCCCAAUCCAAGCAGUUCUUGCUGGACUCAGGGUACUUCUCUGACAAUAUCCUGUGUCACUUCUGUGCCAGUAUGAUCAGCGGCCUGGUCACCACCGCUGCCUCCAUGCCCGUGGACAUUGUCAAGACCCGGAUCCAAAACAUGCGAAUGAUCGAUGGGAAACCAGAAUAUAAGAACGGACUGGACGUGCUGGUGAAGGUCAUCCGCUACGAGGGUUUCUUCAGCCUGUGGAAGGGUUUCACUCCGUACUAUGCCCGUCUGGGCCCCCACACCGUCCUCACCUUCAUCUUCUUGGAGCAGAUGAACAAAGCUUACAAGCGGCUCUUCCUCAGUGGCUGAGGCGGGUGGAGGGUCAACGUUCGCUUAGUCGGUGUGCCGCGGGGGGCCUGGACUCUGCUGCCCUGGGCCCCUCUAUUUAUUUCCCUUCCACGUUGUGUGGUCUCCUCCUUUGCCAUAAAGGAUUUUGGUCUGUUCCGCCCCUGCUCCAGUCUGCCCUGGUUGUCCUGAUCCU